ACCGUAAAAGAAUAAACAUUGAAGGCACUGCUGGGGCGAGUUUCCCUCCAAAUCCGACAAACGCAGGCAACCCGGGUCGACCCGAUCAAAUUAGGGAAGACAGAAAGAGUACAGUUUGAAAAAGGAGGGAAGCAAAGAGUGCACAAACGGCCAUGGCGAAUCUCUCGAGUUUAGUCCACGAACUUCGAGAAGCAGCUUCAUCAUCUACACCUCCAAACAUCCGAAACGACGACGCAUUAGAGGUCCGAUUUCGCGCCGUACUUCCCAAUCUUCUCAAUGCCUAUGUCGUUCCUUCUUCUUCAGCGAUAGAGAGAGAGGUUUUUGCUGUGCUAAGGCUUAUAUCACACACUGCGAAGAACUUUCCUGGAGUUUAUUACCAUGGCAAGGCUAGUGCUGUGCUUCCGGUGAUAGGGCGCAUUUUGCCAUUUUUAGCUGAACCUACUUUUCGCUCUAGACACGGGGUGGUUAUUGAAACAAUCGGAGCCCUGUUAUCCACUCUUCGUACAGGAGAUCGAGAUGCUUAUCGACAAUUCUUUAUGGACACAAUAUCGGUGGUUGAAGAUCUUCUUAGUGUUGCUUCACUAUGUGAUAAGCCAAGCUCUACAGAAUCAAGGAAAGUACUUUUGAGGUGUUUCAGUGAGUCACUCUGUGGAGGUUGGAGCAACCAUGAUACAACGGUAUUAAGUGAUCUCCCCUUGUGUUGUAAGCCUUCCGACGGCAAUGGUAUUCUGAUUAAUGUCAAAGGCAAAGAAAGGUGGCAGCCUUUUGCUUCUUCUUCCAUCAAGAUUCUCUGUAAAUGUUUAACUGAAGGAACCCUAUAUGUUGAAGGACUCCUUGAGACCUCAUCUGUUUUAUCUGCAUGUACCCUUCUGUGUUAUGGAGAUGCUGAUGUGCACAUGGCAUGUUUUGACUUGCUGAGAAUCAUUGGAGCAGCUAUGAAUCAUGAAAUCAUUCCUGUUGAGAGAUUGAUUCAAUUGAUUAUGACCAUAUUACGCGGAGAUGAGGAUGCGCUUCCGGUCUUCAGCAAUACAACUUAUGAUUCAUCCAUUGGUGGAUGCCUUCAUGUAUUAUACUCCAGUUGUCCUGAUGACAUUGUUAGAUCGACAUCUGCCGAUUUAGUAAAUAUCUUUCCCCAUUCGUUGCUUAAAACAAGAAGUCUUGUGCUGAAGGAUGCUUUAUGUCUUGCCUAUACUCGUAUUGCAAAGACUUGCCCCCCUCAUAUCUGGAGGCCUGAAUCUCUAAUACAUUUGCUUUACUCACCCACACCUAUCAUGCCUUUAAUCGAGUGCUUUCAAGUGGCUUUAUCUAGGCUUUUUCCUGAUCUUACUGGGGGUAAAAGCGUUAAUAAUGAUGAAACAGAUUUAUCUGAUGUGCAUGAAAGUCCAAGGGCUGCAGAGAAGAGGCCAGGAGAAGACUUGGAGAUUUCAAAUGCCAAACAUCAGAAAAUCGAUGAUGAAAAUCGAUGUUCCAGUAUCAAAUAUGAUGAUGUGAUUAAGCUUAGCCAUGGAUUUGGCUCUUUGGGGGAGAAACAGUUUGCUGAUCAUAUGCGUAGCUCAUUGACUCUGUUUAUUAAACUUCUAAAGCCUCCAAGUCAGGAAUCCAGUACUUUGGGCCCAGAAGUUGCAUUGACAGCUCUUAGUACACUCUGUAUUAUUUUCUGCAGAUAUCCUCACAUGGACCUUUCAAUUCAAAUAUUCCAUCAGAUGUAUGAAUGGGUCCCUUGGGUGUGUGAACAGGCAAAGCAGAAAUUUCCAUUCCCUAUUGAUUUACAUUUCCUUCUGGAAGCGAUUCACAACCUAUUGAUCAUAGCAGGAUCCGUUCCUACUGAGAGUAAAUAUUUCAAGACCAAGGGUGGCAACUCAGCUCUUAUGCAGUCAUUGAUAAGGCUAUCAUGGACCGGAUCUCAAUCUACUGAUACCCACUCAUUGUCGAAGGCAAAGAUCAUUUCUCUGCGUGUGCUGUCUAAAAUGGGGGCUGUAUUGCAAGGUGGAAAUGAUCUUGAUAUAUUGGACUUGGGACUCCAUGAUACCGCCGAGGAUGUUAGGAUCGAAGCUGUCAUUUCAAUGCCUGUGAUAUUAAUGUGGUCCGGUUUUGGUUUACUGAGUCACAUGUUCAAGAGGCUGGAGAUCCUGGAAAAAGAGGCGGAUGGACGAAUUAACAAAGUAAUCCCGGGGUGUCUUGGUUAUUUGGCAUGCCUUUAUGCGUCCUGUACAACUGGUGUACUAACGGAAUGCCAAUGCAAAUUUUACUUGCCAAAGGAUAAUAUAAGACUAAAUAUGACAAUGGAUGACCUUGCGGGAGGAUUUUGGUGUUCAAAGUGUGACAGAAAUGGACUUGUGAACCCAUCAAAUUCAACUGUGUUGUGUCCUCCUUACUUACAGAAGAAAGAAUCUACUAGAGAUCAUGAUUAUGUUUAUUUACAAUCCAUCUUCUUCCGUCUUCUUUUUGAUGAAUCAUCAGAAGAUGUUCAGUUAGCCUGUGUACGUGUGGUUCAGAGGAUACUCCUCCAUGGAACUGAAAAUAUUCUGAUUAAAACAAGAUAUGAAUGGUUAAAAUGUGUUGAUUUCCUACUCAUUCACAGGAAAAGGGCCAUUCGAGAAUCCUUUUCUAAACAGAUUGGUUUCUUCAUUGAGGAACCUAUUCUGAAUUGUUUGUUCUUGGAUGAGGGGGGCCACGAGUCUGUGAGCAAAUCAAAAGAACGAAAGUUCAUUGACAAAAUAAAACACGCUUUUGAAACAGCGGAUGAUCCCUUGGUUUUUGCAACUCUUCUAGAAGCUACAGCUGAGAUUAUGAAGGUGGUUGAGGUGCAGAGUCAGUCCUUUAUGUUCUCUCUUAUUUUAUUGAUUGAUCAGCUUGAUAAUCCCCAUGUGACAGUUAGAAUAAUUGCAUCAAGGUUGAUAAUAAGGUCUUGCUACUUUCAUCUUAAAGGAGGAUUUGAAUUAAUUCUUUCUCGUUUUCUUCAUAUUCGAAAUGAGUUUUUCGAUUACCUGUCUAUAAGGCUUGCUAGCCGACCAAAAAUGGUUGAAGAGUUUGCGGGAGCUAUUCUUGGUAUUGAUACUGAAGAACUUGUGCAGAGAAUGGUUCCUGUCGUCCUCCCAAAGUUGGUCGUUACUCAGCAGGAUAAUGAUCAAGCAAUUUUCACCCUAUAUGAGCUCGCCAAGUGCUUAAAUACAGAUAUGGUGCAACUAAUUGUUAAUUGGCUACCUAAAGUACUUGCUUAUGCUCUUCAUCGAGCUGAUGGGCAAGAAUUGCUCUCUGUCCUUCAGUUCUACCAUGAGCAAACUGGUUCCAACAAACAAGAAAUUUUUGCUGCUGCACUCCCCGCUCUUUUAGACGAACUUGUAUGCUUCACAGAUGAAGAUGAGUCAAAUGAGAUAAGUAAAAGGUAAUACAGCUUCAGAAAGCACAA